AUUAAGAAAACCUGUUGAAGUCAGAAGUAGACAUCUGCACGCGUGAAAGUGAAGUGGGUGGAGGUGAACUUUCGGCCUAAAUGAACAGACUAAACUGAUUUGUCAUCUGACGCCCAAUGCUUGCAUUUCCACACAGGUCCGUUUCUGACCAAGCUCGAGAAAGAACGUGCAAGGAGGAUCCUUAUCUCGCCGAGUGAAUUUACUUGUUACUUUUCUUCCAUGAUGGAGGGAUUUGUAACUUUUACUUAGAACAGGCAAUACCCAAGCUAUCUGAAAUAGUGUGAGUGCAACGACGUAAAGUAUUCUACAACUGCUCCUGAAGAUGUCUGAGAGAACCCAAAGUCCAGCAGCAGACUGUAACGGAAGGUCCUUCGAUGUCAACAGAGCGAUGUAUGCCCAGGCUUUAGGUCAGGAUGGACUGGGCAACGCAUCGCUCCAGUUCCAGCACAUGCUACAAGACCCGGGCCUGCUUUUCAACAAAUCAUCUUUUAACGGAAUGGCCCCUCCGCCUCCACAGGCUUUCUUUACGUUCCCUGCAGUUGGUGGUGACUACAGGGCAUCAGAGGUACAGGCUGGGGACUUUACGCAGCCCAAACAUUGGUACCCUUUCGCUGCUCCGGAGUACACCGGUCAGGUAGCCGGCACGACAAUGGCCACACAGCCCGCAAACCACAGUCCGCCAAUUGCCGAGACCAGAGAGCAAAUCAAAAUGCCAGAGAUAAAGACGGAGAAGGAGGUUAAUGAUGAGUAUAAUACUGAGACAAAGAUUCAGGUUCCACCACCGGCAAACUCCGUUGCCCACGGCGUUUAUUACUCUGCUCCGUGGAACCCAUCUUUUUGGCCUGGCCUGUCGCACAUCGCCGCUCCCAGCAACACAGCUGCAGCUCAAACAAUUUCGUCUUCGCCAUCAUCUUCCUCUCUUUCCCCAUCUCCACCUGGGAAUACCUUUUCUGGAGCUGGUUUUUACAGCGGUGGCUCCGCACAGACUGUUCCAGCGACCCAAGUACAGACCACAGCCCGAAGUAGCGGCUCCUCCAGUGGCGGUUGCAGUGACUCGGAGGAGGAGGAGAAUCUGACCACAGAAGAAUUGGAACAGUUUGCAAAAGAAUUGAAGCACAAGCGCAUCACCUUGGGCUUCACGCAAGCAGACGUUGGAUUGGCAUUGGGAAAUCUCUAUGGUAAAAUGUUCAGCCAGACGACAAUUUGCCGUUUCGAGGCGCUUCAGCUGAGCUUCAAGAACAUGUGCAAGCUCAAACCACUACUGCAAAGAUGGCUCAAUGACGCAGAGACAUCCGAGAAUCCACAAGACAUGUAUAAAAUCGAGCGGGUGUUUGUGGACACCAGAAAAAGAAAGAGGAGGACCAGUCUGGAGGGAACUGUGCGCACUGCCCUUGAGUCAUACUUUGUGAAAUGUCCCAAGCCCAACACCCAGGAAAUCACCCACAUCUCAGAUGACCUUGGCCUAGAGCGUGAUGUUGUGCGUGUGUGGUUCUGCAACCGCAGGCAGAAAGGGAAACGCCUGGCCCUGCCUUUCGAUGACGAAUGCGCCGAGGGGGGGUAUUAUGAGCAGAGCCCUCCCCCAUCUCACAUGAUCCCCAACACCCUCCAUGGACAGGGGUAUCCCCCCGUCAAUCACCCCUCCGGCCCCACCCUGUACAUGCCCCCCCUCCAUCGACCAGAUGUCUUCAAACAGAACUUGCAUCCGGGACUGGUGGGUCACCUCCCCAGCUAACUGGAGCAAACCUUAGCCUUCCCAACCAUUACCCCCCACCCACCUUCAUGGGAUGGAUGAUGAAAGAUCAGUUACUUGACUCUUAAGACUGAUAACAUGAGGAUAUUUACACCAAACAUACAAGCAAAUGAAAUGUGUGAACACCUUUGUUUCAUACUUGGUUGGGUGUCCCAAAUGGUUAACAGUCACAUAGAUCACAAGCCUGGCAGUUUGUGGUGUUUUGCCCUGGUUGCUGGCAAGAGAAGUGUGUCUAGUUUUCCUUGAGUGGCCCUUUUGUAGCUGAGAAACUUGGGUAAAGAGAUUUUUGCUAAUGCUGUUGUACAUUAUCAAGAGUUUAAGGCCAUGUUUUUUAAAUGCUUAUUUUGUUUUUGUGCACCUUUUUAUGUACCUAGAUUUGACAUUUCAAAUCGCUGGGAUCUCAGUUGCUUAAUAAUUAAUGAUGAAAUGCAUUCCUCUGUGUGAGACCAGAUUUUUUUUUUUUUUUUUUUUUUUUUUUAAAAAAGCCAAAUGAGUUAUGCAGCGCGUUAGAAAAUGGCUGUUUUUACACGAUUUUAAGAGUUGUCUUUUUAACUAAAGGUUGAUCAUUCAGUAGACAGGGACGGUUGUGAGGACAUCAAGUAGUGCUCUUCAUUUUGCGUCCCUCUUAUCUCCAUUCAUUUGUUAAUGUUGCAUGUUAACGGCUCUCGUUGCGCUGGGCUUCUGAUAGUUGUGUUUAUAACCAUGGGCAGCUCUCUUAAAGUUUUAUAUCUAUGUAUAUUAUGUGUGUCUCUUCUUAAUGGCCACAGUGUGGAGAAGUCAUGUGCCUUAUGUUUACACCUGCGUUUUCUACAAGUCACUUUUCAAGAUGCUGCAUCACUUUUGCUGGAUACUGUAAAUGAAAGUCUUGAAUAAUUUAUUGAGACACUAAGCCUGAAGUGUUUCUUUGGUUGAAAUGAUAUUGUCUUCCUGCUGAAUGUAGCUAUUAAAUGCGUCAUCUGGCAUUCCAAUCCA